UAAAUAUGUUACUGUGAAUGUUUAUAGGAGGUUUAAUCUCUUAUCUUCCCGUCUGAGGGAGCUGCUUCAUCGUCGUCUUCAAGACUGGGGGGACUUAGUCGGAGAUUUUAACUAAUUCCUGCGGAGCUCCAUGGCGGCUGGUACCGGAGGAAGGUCUUUGGAGCAGACUCCGACGUGGGCCGUCGCUGCUGUUUGCUUUUGUUUGGUUGCGAUUUCCAUCUUCAUCGAGCACAUCAUCCAUCUUAUAGGAAAGUGGCUGAGGAGGAAACAUAAGAGAGCCCUUUACGAAGCGCUUGAGAAGAUCAAAUCGGAGCUUAUGUUGUUGGGAUUCAUAUCGCUGCUGCUAACAGUGGGACAAAGCCUGAUUUCGAACAUAUGCAUAUCAAAGGGCGCGGGGAACACGUGGCAUCCAUGUGACAAGAGCCAAGAAGAAGAGAGCACGAAAAAUGGCGAAGGAGAAGGACACCGCCGGAAGCUUCUGCAGGCGAUUGUUUCAAGCCCUGGCGGAAGUUUCCGGCGCGUUCUGGCCUCGACUGGCACGGACAAAUGCGCCGAGAGGGGCAAAGUGGCGUUCGUGUCGGCCGAGGGGAUUCACCAGCUUCACAUCUUCAUCUUCGUGCUGGCCAUCUUUCACGUCAUUUGCUGCGUUUUCACCAUGGCUUUUGGCCGAGCCAAGAUGAGAAGUUGGAAGGCCUGGGAAAAAGAGACAAGAACAGCCGAAUACCAAUUCUCACACGAUCCGGAGAGGUUUAGAUUUGCAAGAGACACUUCAUUUGGGAGAAGGCACUUGAGCUUCUGGACAAACAAGCCUCUUCUCCUCUGGAUUGUCUGCUUCUUCAGGCAAUUUGUGAGAUCGGUUCCAAAAGUUGAUUACCUCACCCUCCGCCAUGGGUUUAUCAUGGCACACUUGUCACCUCAUAGCCAUACAAAGUUCAACUUCCAGAAGUACAUAAACAGGUCACUGGAGGAGGAUUUCAAGGUGGUGGUGGGCAUCAGCCCGCCAAUCUGGUUGUUUGCUAUGGUAUUCCUGCUACUCAACACCCAUGGCUUGUACUCCUAUUUUUGGCUGCCAUUCAUCCCCUUAAUUAUCAUACUGCUGGUGGGGACCAAGCUGCAAGUGAUAAUAAGCAAAAUGGGGCUGAGAAUGAUAGAGAGAGGGGAGGUGGUGAGGGGAGUUCCGGUGGUUCAGCCCCGCGACGAUCUUUUCUGGUUCAACCGUCCUAGCCUCAUUCUCUACCUCAUCAACUUCGUCCUCUUUCAGAAUGCCUUUCAGCUGGCCUUCUUUGCAUGGACUUGGUUUGAAUUUGGACUGCGGUCGUGUUUCCAUGAGCACUUGGAUGAUGUGAUCAUCAGGAUCUCCAUGGGGAUUCUGAUAGAAAUUCUGUGCAGUUAUGUCACUCUCCCUCUCUAUGCUCUUGUAACUCAGAUGGGUUCGACGAUGAAGCCAACCAUAUUCAACGAGAGAGUGGCGGCCGCCCUUCGGAACUGGCACCGGACGGCCAAGAAACACGUCAAGGAGCUGACCAAGCAGUCCGGCUCAGUGACACCGAUGUCAAGCCGGCCGGCAACGCCAUCCCACCACACCUCGCCGGUGCACCUCUUCCGCUUUUACCGGAGAGAGAUGGACAGCGUUCAGACGUCGCCGAGGAAAUCGAAUUUCGACGCCGACCAGCAGUGGGACACCGAGGGCUCGCCGUCCCACCACCACCACGUCGAUCUCCAGGAUUAUAUAGAGGAGGAGGAUGGCGGAUUUAACGCGCCGAGCUCGAGCGGGCAGGUGGCUCCGCUGCCGCAAAAGGAGAUCGGCUUGAAAGAUUUUUCGUUCGAUAGAAGAGGGGCCUGAGAGUAUCGAAUUGCUGUUUUCUGUACAGCCGCCGCCGUUCUUUCUUUCUUCUUUUGGAUUCUCUUGGAAAAAGGCUGCCCCUUGAGAUUCGUAUAGUCCAAUACAGAUGUCAAAUGAGACCAACUCAUUUUUAUUUUUUUGACAAUAAAUGUCUUAUUUUCAUUCUUAGUAUCGAAAUAUUUUAUUUAUACGAAAAUGUUAAUUGAAUACUCAAUUUUGAUGUUUUUAUUGACACUCAAUGUUUAUAUUUUA